AUGCUGUUCGCAAUGAUGUUCGCCUUUUGGCGCUUCCUAGAAAUACUCACCCUGAUACCAACAAUGGGCAUGCUAGCCUACUUCGUAGACGGCUACGUCAAGUCCAACCAGCUCACACCAACCUACAUCCUGAUCCUCUUCAUCGUCUCGGUGCUCGCGCUAGCCUGGUGCAUCGGCACAUUAUUCACCUACCACCGCUCCUCCACCAACGCGCAAUUCGUCGCCUUCGUCGACCUCGCCUUCGUCGGCGCUUUUAUCGCCGCCGUCUUUUACCUGCGCUGGAUCGGCUCGGUGAACUGCACCUCUGUCGACCGCGGCAACCCUUACUUCGUCGACCUGGGCGCCGUCGGUUCCGCCAACUUCAACACUUUUAGAAUUAACGUCAACAAGACAUGCGCGAUGCUGAAAGCGUGCUUUGCCUUUGGCAUCAUGAACUGCAUCUUCUUUUUUAUCACCAGCUUGCUGGCGUGGAUUCACGGUGGACAUACGGCCAGGAGUGAGAGGGUGUAUACCACUAGAAAAACCACUACACAUCACCAUCGCGGUGGCAGCGGACAUCGCAGGAGCCAUAGCGGGAGUCAUAGCCGCAGCAGAAGGUCAAGGUCGCUGUCGCAUUCGAGGUCGUAUGUCUAG